UUUUAAAGUUAAAAACCGAUACAUAAAAGAAACAAGCGUUUUUUUCGUUUGUUUGUUUUAUAAUUUAACAAAAAUAAUUCACAUGCUUGUUUUUCCUUUGAGGGCUAACACAACAGAGCAUAUGAAUGCAUCCAUAACUAGGCGCUGUGAUUUGCUGGGAGCCGAAUCAUAUAAAUUAUAAUUAACAUAAAUUUAAUUUUUUUGAUGUGUGAGCUGGUAACUAUAAAAUUUUUAUUUUUAUUGUUACAUUUAGCAAAAAAAAACCCAGUGCAACCGACAAACUCGUUAACACUCUUUGUUCUUUUAACCCUAUCUUAUAAUUAAAUUAUUUUAUCAUUCACAACCCACAAACUCGUAAUGUCGGAUUUGGAACAUACACUUGCAGCAACAGCGACAAAGGCAGAGUCAACAUCAUCGGUAGAAGUACCAGUAGAAUCAGAAGACCCACCACAGACAAAUCCUCCCGCAGCCACACCAGCGACUAACUGCGAGCAAUGCGAAUCACAAACAGCCAAAUACAAGUGUCCCGGCUGCAUGCUACGAACAUGUUCACUGGCCUGUUCAAAAUCGCACAAAUCCUCAACCAACUGCAGCGGCACGCGCGACAAGACCAAAUUCAUCAAGCGCGCGGAAUACGACGCCAACACAUUAAUGAGCGACUAUGGAUUUCUUCAGGACAUUGCCCGGGAACACGUUAAUCUGACCCAUGAAGUGCAGGAUCUCAAGAUACUUGCUCAAAACAAGGCAAUGCCGGAUUCGCGUCGUCCAGCUGGACCGCAGGCGGAUAAUACAACUGGUGGGCCGGUGGUUGUGCUUGGUAGGGCGCAGAAGAAUGUGGUUGCGCGGGCGAAAACCCAAAGACAGGUGCAGAUCAGGUACAUGAGUCCUGGGAUCCAGCGCAGUAAGCUGAAUAGGACCAUAUGGGCAUCUAGGUGGUCGCGGUUAGUGUGGACCUUGGAGAUUGUGAUUCCAGAGCUUGACUGCGAGCCGCAAAAGUGGACAGAAAACGGGUUCCACGAUGUCUGCCGGCUGGGCGAUCUCUGGACACGCCUACUGGACCAUGCGCCCAACCCCAGUAUUGCAGAGGUUGCCGACGGGAACCCGAAGAAACGGAUCAAGUUGGAUGGCGGGAUCAAAAUUAAGAUUCCAUCGGAUAACGGCGACGAGUAUGUUUUCUGGUCGUCGAUUAAGCCCGAGACUCUGCUGGGAGUUAAGCGGAUGUUUGCGGGUACACCAGUGGGUGAUCUGGUUUGGCUGAUUGCUGUUCAGGAUAUGCCAGCUAACAAGCCUACGUUCUGCAGGAUCGAUUCUAAGCAGCCCUUGUUUACCCAGCUGCGGUACCAGACUGUGUUGGAGUUCCCGACGUUUUAUGUGUAUUCUCAGGUGCCGACCACUUGGAAUGGCCAUCCGAUCACUAUUCAGGAGGGGUAUACAAAGGAGGAUGCCGAAGAUAUCCCAGCUGAGGUUAAUUCCGCGGAAGUGAAUGGCGGGGGCGUCGCUGUAGAGGACGCCGCUGUAGAUGAUGUCGUUGUAGAGGACGUCAUUGUAGAGGACAUCGUUGUAGAGGAAACAGUAGUGGAUACUGAGGCUCCGGCUGAAACUGCUAAUGUGGAGGCAGCAGCAGAUAGCAAAAUACCUGUUGAAACAGCCGAUUCAGCGACAUUUGAUGACAGGAAUACAGAUGCGGAUAUUGAUGUUCAAGCCGAGACCGUCAAAACCGCUGACUCCGCUGCAGCAGACGAAAUCAUUACUAAUAUUAAUACCAAGAUGACAGUUGAUGUUGAGAAAUAAAAACAUUGUGGUGCGCAAAUGCCAUCCCUUUCCUUUUUUUAAAUAAAAU